AGUGUUUCUGGGACCCUUCCGUGUCUCGGACGUUUCUUGUCGCGCGCUCGGGCGAUCGUUACAGGACACAAAAUCACCGAAAGGACCGGAGCACAACAUUUCGGGACGAGGCCAGUGACGCGCUGGCGUUCUGCGCAGCGAUUGGCUGUCGGGCCCCGGAGGGCGUGGCGACGGCGUGGGUUCGCCUGUGUGACACAAUUACAACAACUUUAAUCCGCUCGCGAACACAACUUUGAGAUUGUUUGAAUACGUUCCGCGGUUUUAAGCGUGCAACGGGCAGCGCAUCGACACUGAGCCGCCGUCACAGCUUAUUCCUGCAAAGCGAUGUGAGGCGCCGCGCCGCUGGAGGGCCAGCUCACUGCGCACGGGGCUCAGAUUCACUGGAGAGAGAAAAGUCGGCGUUUAUUGUGGCUUGUGGACGCACGGAGCUCGCCUUCCCUCGAUCUCGCGGCGCGGUUCCAUGAAAUCGUGCCGAGUGCCGCUCUCCGCCGCCGCCGCCGCCGAUGAGGAGAAGAAAAUGGCGGCGGGAAAAGCGAGCGAACCCGAGGAGGACGCGCCGCGGCUCAGCGCGCAGGAGAGCGACGCUCUGGCCCGCGUCGACAGCUCUCUGUUCGGACGCCAGCGGCUGCGUGAAGAUGGCGCCAGCACGAAGGCCCUGCUCCUGAAGGCUGUUCGCUGCUACGAGUCUCUCAUCCUGAAAGCUGAAGGAAAAGUGGAUCCCGAGUUCUUCUGCCAGCUGGGUCAUUUCAACCUCUUACUGGAGGAGUAUCCGAAAGCAUUAUCGGCGUACCAGCGGUACUACAGUUUACAAUCAGACUACUGGAAGAAUGCUGCCUUUCUGUACGGCCUCGGGAUGGUUUACUUCCAUUUCAAUGCGUUUCAGUGGGCGAUCAAGGCGUUUCAGGAGGUGCUGUACAUCGACCCCGGCUUCUCUCGCGCUAAAGAGAUUCAUCUGCGUCUCGGCCUGAUAUUCAAAGUCAACACGGACUACGAGUCCAGCUUAAAGCACUUUCAGCUGGCGCUCAUCGACUCCAAUCACUGCUCUUUGUCCAAAGCUGAGAUUCAGUUUCACAUCGCGCAUUUAUACGAGAUUCAGAAGAGAUACCGCGCGGCCAAGGAGGCCUAUGAGAGUCUCCUGCAGACGGAGGAUUUACCUGCGCAGGUGAAGGCCGUGACCUUACAGCAGCUGGGCUGGAUGCAUCAUACGGUCGAGCAGCUGGGAGAUAAAGCUAAUAAAGACAGCUACGCUAUCCAGUGUCUCCAGAAAUCUCUGGAAGCCGAUCCGAACUCUGGCCAGUCCUGGUAUUUCCUCGGCAGGUGCUACUCCAGUAUUGGGAAGGUCCAGGAUGCUUUCAUCUCAUACAGACAGUCCAUAGAUAAAUCAGAGGCCAGCGCUGACACGUGGUGCUCGAUCGGCGUGCUGUAUCAGCAGCAGAAUCAGCCCAUGGACGCUCUGCAGGCGUAUAUCUGCGCCGUGCAGCUGGAUCACAGUCACGCCGCGGCCUGGAUGGACCUGGGCACGCUCUACGAGUCCUGCAACCAGCCGCAGGACGCCAUCAAGUGCUACGUCAACGCCACACGCAGCAAAGCCUGCAGCAACACACCUGCGCUGGCGGCCCGCAUCAGAUACCUGCAGGCUCAGUUCUGUAACCUCCAACACAAUAGUCUACAGAGUAAAAGUAAAAUGCUUCCUGGUAUUGAGGAAGCCUGGAGCCUCCCAAUCCCAGCAGAGCUAACGUCCAGACAGGGUGUCCAGAGCACAGGCCAGCAGGCAUGUAAAGCUCAGCCCGGGUCGUCAGGUGGGGCUCAUGGCUCCGGUCAGUCGCUGCCCCCCCACGUGAGUCCGCUGGAUCAGGCUGAGGAUCAGUCCAGUCCAGCCAAGAGGAAGAGGACUGCCAGCCCAGCCAAGAGUUCUACAGAGUCUUGGACCCACAGUUCAGCACAGCCACCAGCUCCCAACUGGUACCUGUCUCCUCAGAAGCUGCAGUUGCUGGAGCAGUUGCGGGUCAACCGUGCGAGUCUGAAGCCGCUUCAGCUGCAGAUGUUGGAGCAGUUGGAGGCUCAGCUGUCAGCCAUGCACCAGCAACAGAUGAGGCAAAACUCUUCUGGGCAAAUACGAGUCACCCUCCCCAACGGCCCCUCACUGCCUGCUCACCCUGUUCCUCGCGGCCCGGCCGUGCCACCGUCUUGUAACGCUCAGCCGUUAGCCAACGGCCCGCAGCCCCCUUCAGUCGGCAAUAAUCACACGCCAGGAACCAGAGCGAACGGAGACGUGCCUUACCUGCACCCCAACUCACUACCUCACAACUGCACAAGCCCAGGAGACACAUGGAGGAGCCAGCGUCUCAACUCCACUCAGGGGCUUCAGAAAGGUCCGGGUUCGCAUUGGGCUGGUCCUAAUGGAGACCGGACUCUCUCUUCCAGUGCUUCAGCCGACGGCGGCCCUCACAAUCAGGUUGGACUUCCCGCCACGACCCCAUCGGAGCCAGCUGUCAAUCAUCUGUCCUCUCCUUCCUCCACGUCGUCCCCCGCUUCUUCCUCCUCGCAAACGGCUACCUCAGGUGUGCCCCACGGCACUGGCCCGACCAAAGAGAGCGCCGCCCUGCAGGCCAACGGUUCCACUGCCACCAACCACCACAGUCCCGACCGCUCGCCCACUUCCACUUCCGGCUCUCCGGCAGCUGCUUCCGCAGACAAUCCACAGCUCUCCGCUCUUCUCAGGAGCAAGGAGAGUCCUGCCGUGAGCUCGAGGGUGAACCACAUCCACCCGGGCACCACGCUAAUGGCGUCCACCGCUUCUUCGCCCGCCUCAUCACCGCCACCCCGCUCCGCAGAGCUUAACAAGCCAGGCUCCUCCGCGCCGCCCGCCGUCACCGUUAACGGAGGUGGAGGGGGAGCGUGUUCAGAAGACUCUCAGAGCCCGCUGAAGCUGGAGCCGCCGGAGCUUUGCAUCAAAACCGCCACAGCUCUCAAACCCUCUCUCUCGUCCUCCACCGUCUCCAUUUACCCCACUUCAGCAGACGUCCUGAAAGCCUGCAGGAAUCUCCGGAAGAACGGUCUGUCGAGCAGCAGUAUCCUGCUGAACAAGUGUCCGCCGCCGCGGCUUCCUCCUCCUCCGUCACCGCCGCUCGCUAAAGACAAGCUCAACCCACCGACGCCGAGCAUCUAUUUGGAGAAUAAAAGGGACGCGUUCUUCCCGCCGCUGCACCAGUUCUGUACCAACCACUCCAACCCUGUCACCGUCAUCCGCGGCCUAGCUGGAGCCCUCAAACUAGAUUUGGGCCUGUUCUCCACGAAGACACUAGUAGAGGCAAACCCGGAGCACCUGGUGGAGGUGCGGACGCAGCUGUGUCAGCCGGCCGAUGAGAACUGGGACGCCAGCGGUCUGAAGAAGCAGUGGCGCUGCGAGAGCAUCCGCUCCUACACCACCAUCUCCACAUACGCACAGUACCAGGCCUCGUCCUUCCAGGACUCGCUGCGGGAAGAGCAUGAGAAGAAGGGCCAGAAAGAGCUGUCAGACUCUGAAGUGACGUCAUCAGAAACUGUUUCCAGGAGGCGGAAAGGUCCUUUCAGACAAGUCAAGUUUGGGACGAACAUUGACGUCUCUGAUGAAAAGAAGUGGAAGCUGCAGCUGCAGGAACUCAGUAAGCUGCCUGCGUUUGCGCGUGUGGUGUCUGCCGGGAACCUGCUGAGUCACGUGGGGCACAGCAUUCUGGGUAUGAACACGGUCCAGCUCUUCAUGAAAGUCCCAGGCAGCAGAACUCCAGGCCAUCAGGAGCAUAAUAACUUCUGCGCCGUCAACAUCAACAUCGGGCCGGGCGACUGCGAGUGGUUUGCCGUGCCGGAGCCGUACUGGGGCGUGAUGAGCGAGUUCUGUGAGAAGAACAACAUAAACUUCCUGAAGGGCUCGUGGUGGCCGAAUCUGGAGGAUCUGUACGAGGCUAACGUGCCGGUGUACCGCUUCAUCCAGCGGCCUGGAGAUCUGGUGUGGCUGAACACGGGGACGGUGCACUGGGGUCAGGCCAUCGGCUGGUGCAAUAACAUCUCGUGGAGCGUGGGCCCUCUGACCGCGUAUCAGUACAAGCUGGCCGUCGAACGUUACGAGUGGAACAAACUCCAGAGCGUCAAAUCUAUGGUUCCCAUGGUGCAUCUGUCCUGGAACAUGGCGAGGAACAUUAAAGUGUCCGACCACAAGCUGUUUGAGAUGAUCAAGUUCUGUCUGCUGCGGACGCUCAAGCAGUGUCAGACGAUUAAAGAGGCGCUGGUGUCUGCUGGGAAGGAGACGGUCUGGCACAGAAGAAGCCGAGAUGAGCCGGCUCAUUACUGCAGCAUCUGUGAGGUGGAGGUGUUUAACCUGCUCUUUGUGACGAGCCACAGUUACUCCAGGAAGUCCUGCGUGGUUCAGUGUCAGGAUUGCGCUCGGAAGGCCAGCAGCGAGCUCGACGGUUUCGUGGUGCUGCAGCAGUUCAGGAUGGAGGACCUCAUGCAGGUUUACGACCAGUUCUCAUUAGGUGUGACUGUAGACUGUAGCGUUGGGUGA